AUGUUCUUAACUCUAGCCAAAGGACAAGAAAAGUUGAAGACCUUGCUGGUUGAAGAGAAAAAGAAGAAAACAAAGAAAAUAACCGGAGUUCUGAAUAUGGGAAGAAGGUUUCACGGACAAGCUAGACGAACCUUAGACUAUGCAACGUCAUCUGGUGAGAAAGAUAAUCAAGAUGGGAAAGACAAGGAAGCAGUUUCCCAGCCAGAUUCAGAAGAGGAAGAGGAAGAAGAAGAUUAUUCUGAAGAACAAUACCCUCCGGCCGACGACAAGUAUAAGCAUCCGGAAGAGCGGUUAAGUGCAAUGGAAAUUCAAAAAGUUCCUGGACUGGACUUUGAGGAAUUGAGUUUAGUAUCUGGGAUUGUUAUUCCUCUAAAAUUCAAGACACCGGUGUUCUCCAAAUACGAUGGAGUUUCGUGUCCCAAAAUGUAUCUCCGAUCCUAUGUGAGGAAAAUACAGCCUCAUACUACUGACAGGGAUUUACGAGUACACUUCUUUCAAGACAGUUUGUCCGGAACUCAACUUGAUUGGUUUUAUCAUCUAGAAAGAGCCAAUGUUCAUAAUUGGUAA